AAAACACUCCAAGAUGUCGUAUAUGUUAGCACAUUUACACAAUGGUUGGCAGGUGGACCAAGCCAUACUGUCCGAGGAGGACCGUGUUGUGGUUAUACGAUUCGGGCACGAUUGGGACCCAACCUGCAUGAAGAUGGACGAGGUGCUGUACAAUAUUGCGGAAAAGGUGAAAAAUUUUGCCGUCAUCUAUCUGGUCGAUAUUACGGAGGUGCCGGAUUUUAACAAAAUGUACGAACUGUACGACCCCUGCACGGUGAUGUUCUUCUUCCGCAACAAACACAUUAUGAUCGAUCUGGGAACGGGUAAUAAUAACAAAAUCAACUGGCCACUGGAAGAUAAGCAGGAGAUGAUCGAUAUCGUGGAGACGGUUUAUCGGGGAGCGCGUAAAGGUCGCGGUCUGGUGGUUUCGCCAAAGGAUUACUCUACGAAGUAUCGAUACUAG